AUGAGCGGCCCCUGCAAACAGCCCGCCGCUGCUUUGCAAACGAAGGGACUGGGCCACGGAGAGUUUAAGUCGCUGGCCCAGCCGGUGGCUGGAGCUGGAGGCUUGGCUGCUAUUAUGGCUCCGGGUCAGCAGAGCCGGCGUGGUGCGGCCGCUUGCAUUUGCAGGCUGCCCACUCCGCAGCGGGCGCAGUCCUCCCGGGGGGACCCGCUGCUCCUCUGUGAGCACUUUGAGGAGAAAGCUGGAAGCCGGCCUGAUGGCCCGCAGGCGCAGGCUGUGCCGAGGGAGCGGCUCUGGGUGCAGGCCUGCUUGUGCCGGGAGCGGGAGUCCAGGAGCAGACGGAACUGGGGCCGGCCCUCCUGCACCCCGCGCCUGCUCGGUGCCCGUGGCGGAGAUCAUCGCCGUGGAGGAGACGGACAGUCACGGGAAGCCCCAGGGCAGCGGGAAGUGGCAGAAGAUGGAGCCGCCCUUCGCUUUCACAGGGCCCGGCGCCGCCGCUGGAAGUGCGAGCAGGUGACAUUCUGCGGCGCGGACGAGCAGCUGUGCCACCUGUGGCUGCAGGCGCUGCGGGAGCAGCUGGACAAGCUGACCUGCAGACCGAAGCGCCUGCUGGUGUUCAUCAACCCGUUCGGCGGGAAGGGCCAGGGCCUGCGGAUCUACGAGCGGAAGGUGGCGCCGCUGUUCGCGCUGGCCGCCAUCUCCACUGAGGUCAUCGUCACGGAGCGAGCCAACCACGCCAAGGAGGCCUUGUAUGAGAUGAGCGUGGACGGCUACGACGGGGGCGUGUGCGUUGGCGGGGACGGCAUGUUCAGUGAGGUCCUGCACGGGCUGAUCGGCAGGACGCAGAGGAUGGCCGGCGUGGACCAGAACGAGCCCCGGGCGGCGCUGGUGCCCUGCCCGCUGCGCAUUGGCAUCAUCCCCGCAGGGUCCACGGACUGUGUGUGUUACUCCACCGUCGGCAUCAACGACGCAAAGACCUCCGCCCUGCAUAUCAUCGUGGGGGACUCGCUGCCCAUGGACGUGUCCUCCGUGCACCACCACGGCGCGCUGCUGCGCUACUCGGUGUCGCUGCUGGGCUACGGCUUCUACGGGGACAUCGUCAAGGACAGCGAGAAGAAGCGCUGGAUGGGGCUCAUCAGAUACGACUUCUCAGGCCUGAAGACCUUCCUGUCGCAUCACUGCUACGAGGGCACCGUGUCCUUCCUCCCGGCGCAGCACACGGUGGGGUCUCCGCGGGACGGGAAGCCCUGCCGGGCCGGGUGCUUCGUUUGCAGGCAGAGCAAGCAGCAGCUGGAGGAGGAGCAGAAGUGGUCGCUGUACGGCCUGGAGGGCUUGGAGGAGGUGGAGGAGUGGAAGGUCAUCUGUGGGAAGUUCCUGGCCAUCAACGCCGCCAACAUGUCCUGCGCUUGUCCCCGGAGUCCCCGGGGCCUGUCCCCAGCCGCCCACUUGGGAGACGGGUCUUCUGACCUGAUCCUCAUCCGCAAAUGCUCCUGGUUCAACUUCCUGAGGUUCCUUGUCCGGCACACCAACCAGGACGACCAAUUUGACUUCACUUUCGUGGAAGUUUAUCGCAUCAAGAAGUUCCAGUUCCUGUGGUGA